GGAGAACCUGAUGAGGUUGAGCGACAAGAUACUCAGGAGGAUAUUUAUGAAGAAUGUUCAGUUAGAAAGGAUCUAGAAAGAUCACAUAAAAAUCGAUCUUUAAUGAGCAAAUGGGUAGGCAAAGUUCCUCAUCCCGACAACAAUCCAAAAUAUGCUUUUAUUCAACCAAUAGCUGAUCUUAUACAAUAUAAAAAAUCCACAACUUAUGG